UGGGGGUCCCAGCCGUGCGCCCCAGGCAGGGUCACCCACAGGUGGCCGCAUGGGCAACUCUCGGCCACCGCGCUGGACCCAGCCUGGCGCUGCUGGGGGCCUCGGGGCGUACUAACACAGUACUAACACUGUGUUCUCUUGUCCCUGGGAGUCCCAGGAUUUCAGCUUUGGGGGACUCCAGGAGGUUGAGUGCGGGUCCGGCACGGUGGGGUCAUGUCCUUGCUCUGAAGUGGGACGGGGCGAGCAGGGCGGAAGCUCCUGCACAAAGGACAGCGUUCUGCACAUGGAUUGAAUUAUAAUUGCCGCAGUGACCCGGCCAGCUGCCCCGCUCCGCUGCUGUUCCAGGGCGUGCGCGAGGGGUGUGGGGGGUUCCCGAGCUCCCAUGGCCCUGGAGCUCUGUUCCCAGCUCCAGUCAGGAGAGGCGAAGGAGGGUCCUGGGGUCUCCUCGCCCGGCCUGGCACGGUGUGGGAAUGGACGAUCCCCAAGUGGAGCUGGCCUGAACCUUGGACCUUGUCUUCCAACAGAAUUGGUAUCUCAGCCCCAGCAGAAGCCGAUCAUGGCCUCCAAGCCUGAGAAGAGGGUGGCCUCCUCUGUGUUCAUCACCCUGGCGCCCCCACGCCGUGACGUGGCUGUGACUGAGGCAGUGGGCCAGGCAGCUUGUGAAGCUCGACCUGCCCGGCCCUGGGAGACUCCCACGAAGACCCCUGGGGCCGGCUUGAGCAGGAACCCCAAUACCUGGACACCCUCUGGCAGAACCACUGCCUCGCCCCCUGCAGCCCCACCCCGGCUCUCCAAUGGAGGAUGCUCUCCCCCACCUCCUUCCCUGAAUGAUGAGGACCUCGACCUCCUCCCGCCUCCUCCCCCACCGCCUUCGGCCUACCUGCCUCUCCCAGAAGAGGAGCCUCCUGCCCUGACUGGGACAUCACUCAUUUCCGACUUGGAACAACUACACCUGCCCCCGCCCCCACCUCCGCCCCUACCACAGGCUCUACCAAAGGGAUCCUCUGUCCGGCCUCAGCCCAGUCACCUCAGACCCUCGGAAGAGGAGCUACCUCCUCCUCCAGAAGAACCUGUCACGUUUCCAGAGAGAGAGGCAUCCACAGAUGUCUGCGGCUUCUGUCACAAGCCCGUGUCCCCUCGAGAGCUGGCUGUGGAGGCCAUGAAGAGGCAGUACCAUGCCCUGUGCUUCACCUGCCGCACCUGCCGCCGCCAGCUCGCCGGGCAGAGAUUCUACCAGAAGGAUGGGCGCCCCCUGUGCGAACCCUGCUACGAGGACACUCUGGAGAAGUGUGGCAAGUGCGGAGAGGUGGUCCGAGACCACGUCAUCCGGGCCCUGGGCAAGGCCUUCCACCCACCCUGCUUCACGUGUGUGACCUGCGCCCGGUGCAUCGGGGAUGAGAGCUUUGCACUGGACAGCCAGAACCAGGUGUACUGCGUGACUGAUUUCUACAGGAAAUUUGCCCCCAUGUGCAGCAUCUGUGAGAAUCCCAUCAUCCCCGGCGACGGGAAGGAUGUCUUCAAGAUUGAGUGCAUGGGAAGGAACUUCCAUGAAAACUGUUACCGUUGUGAGGACUGCAGUGUCCUUCUGUCUGUGGAGCCCACCGACCAAGGCUGCUACCCGCUGAACAACCAUCUCUUCUGCAAGCCCUGCCACAUGAAGCGGAGUGCUGCUGGGUGCUGCUAAGAACCCCCAUGCCCGGCCUCUCCCUGACAUGGUUUCCUCACUCAGCCUUCCUUGCAUACUUUCCUUAUGAGCCUCACUGGGCACACCGCUCAGUCCACAGCGUCUAGACACAAGAGCCUGAGACCCUGGGGCUUGGCCUCCUGGUACACAGCUCCCCCCACCCAGACUUUCAACUCUUCCGACUCCGCCAACCAGAAGGCCCCUCACCAGGAGAUUGGGACCCUGGUUCCUCUCUAGUGCUAGCCCUGACCUAUUUGUGGGGACAGGUCUCAGGAUGAUGCCCAUAUCUCUGACCAUGAUGCUUAGCUGCCUAGCAGAAGGUGCUGAGACCAGCUGAGCGUGUUGAGCUGAGCUGUUCCAAGUGUGCCUGCCCAGUUACCGUAGAAAGUGUAUUUUAAAAAUUUAGAAAUUUAUGCUGGGGCUGGGCGCAGAGGCAGGCGGAUCUCUGAGUUCUAUGCCAGCCUGGUCUACAGAGCAAGUUCCAGGACAGCCAGGGAUAUACAGAGACACUCUGUCUUGGAAAAAAAAGAAAGAAACAAAGAAACAAAGGAAGGAAGGAAGAAAGGAAGGGAAAGGAGAAAUUUAUGUUGGGCAUGAUGGCAUACAACUUUAAUCCCAGCACUUCAGAAGCAGAGGCAGGUGGAUCUCUAUGAGUUCCAGGCCAGCCUGAUCUACAGAGUGAGUUCAGUUUAAAUGAUGAAAAACAUUCUUUGGAUUUGGAGAAAAGAAAUCUUUUAAUUUUUCUUCUAUUUUUUUUUUCUUUUUUGGUGGAGUGAAAUCAGUAAAUAUCUUCCCUUGGUUCAUAAAUGUUUAAGAAUGCAACUCGGUAGCCGGGCGGUGGUGGCGCACGCCUUUAAUCCCAGCACUCGGGAGGCAGAGCCAGGCGGAUCUCUGUGAGUUCGAGGCCAGCCUGGGCUACCAAGUGAGUUCCAGGAAAGGCGCAAAGCUACACCGAGAAACCCUGUCUCGAAAAAACCAAAAAAAAAAAAGAAUGCAACUCGGAGCCGGGCAGCAGUUACACGCCUUUAAUCCCAGCACCUGGGAGGCAGAGGCAAGAGGAUCUCAGAGUUUGAGGUCAGCCUGAUCUACAAGGUUAGUUCCAGGACAGCCAGGGCUACAUAACAAAACUCUGUCUUGAAAAACCAAAAAAGAAUGCAACUCGGAGGCUGGAGAGAUGGCUCGGUGGUUAAGAGCACUUGCUGCUCUUGUGAAGGACCAGAGUUCAUUUCCCAGCACCCACAUGAGGCUCAUAAGUACUUGACCUGUAACUCCAAUUCCUGGAGAUCUGGUGCCCUCUACUGGUCUCUUCAGGCACCUGCAUGCAUGAGAUGCACAUAUACUCAAGCACAAACACAUACACAUGAAAAAAAAAACCUUUAGCCAGGUGUGGUGGCACAUGCCUUUAAUCCCAGUACUUGGGAGGCAAAGGCAGAUGGAUCUCUGCAUUUGAAGGCAGCCAGGGCUACACAGUGAAAUGCUGUAUUUUUUUUUUUAAGUAGCUUGGGUUUGGCAGUCCACAUCUAUGAUCCUAGUGCUUUAGAGAACUACCAGAAGCUUGAGGCCUGCCAGGUCUUCAUAGAAUUCAUAGAAUGUAGCCUUGGCUACAUUCAGAGACUGUGUCUCCAAGAAAAAAAAUCACAGAUGCAUAGGAACAUGAAGUAGUGACCACCCAGCCUUCCUACCUCUGGAGCAGAUGCUGGAGUAGAGAUGGGGUCAGGAGGAGCAGGAGGGUGGCUAGCAGCCUCCACCUGCUUCCUGGCCCUGCUGUGGGCUUUUGUGAGUGGUCCACAGACAGGGAUUAAGUGCCUUUGAUUUGCUAGAGAAUAAAAGUGGGGCUGAGCCUCCUUCCCACAGCCUUCACAAGUUCCUCUCUCUCUCUCUCUCUCUCUCUCUCUCUCUCUCUCUCUCUCUCUCUCUCUCUCUCUCUCUCUCUCUCUCUCUCUGAUGAGGUCAGGGAAAGGCAUCUCCCUUUGGCCUCCCAUUUGUACCUCUCAGCCAGGCCCUGCAGCUAGGCUGCCCAUGACCACUGCCUCCAUGAGGCCACACCCAGAGCAUUCUUCCUUUUAAGGAAAUUCACUUUAUGGCUGGCGAGAUGGCUCGCUGGUGAUGGUGCUUGCCACCAAGCCUGAAGACCUGAGUUCUAUCCCUGGGACCCACAGGGAAGGAGAGAACCAUUCCCCAUAAGUUGUCCUCUGGUUUACACAUGCACGCCACGGAUACACAUUUGCGCACACAUGCAUACAGUCCACAAGUAAUAGAAAUGUAAAAGGGGGGAGAUCACUUUGUGCUUUGUAACUUCUAAGAUGCACAUAGAACAAAUUAAAUGUUUUCUUUCCUUGCA